AUGGUAGGUGUCCCGAGGAGCACUGGAUGCCGACUUUGCAGAACCAGGAAGGUCAAAUGUGAUACCCUCAAGCCGUCCUGCGGCAACUGCAUCAAAUAUGGAGCAGAGUGUCCAGGCUAUUCUCGUGGCCUGAAGUUUGUCGAUGAGAAGCAUCAGAUUCGUCAACGCGGCAGGCGACAGGGCAAAAGCGAACAAGUGUCGACCAGUUCCUCUUCCAGCACAACGGGCUCUGAUAUCGCUACAUCAGACUCAGAAACAUGGUCUCUCGUUAGGCCCUCGCCAACCCUGCUGAGGCUGGAGUUACCAAGAGGGCCACUGCUACUCAACAUGAUAGAGUCGUCCACUAACUACACUCGGUCCACUGAUGUCUUUAUACUCUUAUCAUGGUUGACCAUUGAUCGUCUAGGAAAGAGGGCUCUGCUCGACGGGGCUAUUUGUUCUUUUGCUCUACAUCUGACUGGCAAAGCAAACUCCAAUGCCGACCUGGUUGCCAAAAGCAGAACCAUAUAUGGCUUGGCACUCACUGAGUUGCAGGCCGCUCUGCAACACUCCACAGAGUGGAAGGCAUCUGAGACCUUAUGCGCUGCUAUACUCUUGUGUUACUUUGAGCUGUUUGCUGGGACAGCAGUCCCUGAUACUUGGAUCCAACAUGCCAAAGGCAUUGGAACUCUAAUGGAGCAGCGAGGGCCAGCAGCUCAUGCUGAAGGCUGGGACGCAGCUAUGCUCCUCUCAUGCCGUGGUAUUCUUACUAUAAGCGAUAUGUUCUAUCCCGGAAAGGACCAAUUGUUCCUGUCGAGGCCAGCAUGGAGGCAUGUCACGUCUGAUGGCGGUAGACGUCUCAUCUAUGCUCCUGACGCCCCGAUUGAGCACAUCCGCGUCGGUGAUGGCUUCCUUGCAAACCUGGCCCAGCUCACGCCUAUUUUGCAUGGGGCUUAUCUUCUGAGAGAAGCUAAUAAGGCUGGCAUGUUUGUUGAGCCUGACAAAAUCUCCGCCUUGGCCCACCUAGCCACCGUGGAACAUGCCAGAUUGGCGCGAUGGUUCGACGAUUUCGACGCGCUUGAGUUUCCAAGACCGGUCGAGGUUCUGCCAACCGACCCGGCGAAUUCGUUGUUCGGGACAGUGCUGGAACACAAGUCGGCAGCAGCCGGGUCCUUACUCAUGGGGUACUGGGCAAGUAUGCUCAUUCUAGAAGAGACACUGGUCGAGUGCGGGACACCGCGAGCUAACUCGGAGAUAUCCAUCCGGUACUUCGUGGAACAGAUAUUGCGGUCGGUAGAAUCUGUAGGACGAGGCACCAUGGGGCCAUAUCGAAUUGGGUUCGCCAUACGGAUCGUGUAUGAAUUCGCUACCGGGCAAGAACAGAGGUGGAUUGCCAGCAUGUUGGAUAAGUUCUCACAAGGGUAUGCUGCAAUUGACAAGAAGACAUACCCUAAGCCUAAGGACGAUGAUGCUCAGCCAACGCGGUUUGUUCAGUCUACAGCUUAG